AAAUCAACUUUCGUGCCAUGCCCAUUCCUCCAUCCAUCCAUCUCUCUCCUCUCUCUCUCUCUCUCUCUCUCUCUCUCUCAAUGGAUUUCUCGAAGCGAUUGAUUCCAGCUGCUCUUAUUGUGAUGCUGCUGCUUGUGGCAACUGAGAUGGAGCCGAUGGUGGUGGAGGCGAGAACUUGCGAGUCCCAAAGCCAACGUUUCAAGGGGGCAUGCGUGAGUAAGACCAACUGCGCCUCUGUUUGCCAGACGGAAGGUUUCCACGGCGGGCACUGCCGGGGCUUUCGUCGCCGUUGCUUCUGCACCAAGCAUUGCUAGAGAGUGGCCUUCGCACGAGCUUUUGAAUUACAUCUUAUCGUAUCUCACCGAUAAUUUGAAAUAAUCCGGUCUUGCAUCGGAAUGUCGUUGUGUGGUUGUAGAUGUAAUCUUCCUUUGGCUGUGUACUGUAUUUACCAUGGUUGCUUCUGUUUGAGAGUGUGAAAUCUGUUUAAGAGCCAUACUUGUUUCUCAUCGUCAUAUUAUAUACGAUCACGGAAUACAGCAACUACGUACUUGUUUGA